CUUUUAAAUGGAACCCCUGCCACGUAAGUAAGUUAGUCGUGUUGUAGUGUCGUUCAUAUCUAAGUACCUACGUUCGUAUUUGACGGAACGUAUGACAUAAGUACAUCCUACCGGAUAAUACUGUAUCGCUGAAAAGAAGAAAACCCACUGUAUUUGUGAACUGAACUUGACGUGAACGAUUUCUUCCCUUCACGCCUGCUGAUUUAUGAGUGCUAUGUCUUACUCAUUUAUAACUCUGUUAUCAUAAUACCCGUUGUUUGUAGAGCAUUAUCAUUAUUGAUGUGUUUUUGUAUGAUAAAACGUAGUAUUCCAGUUGUGUCACCGUAGCGUGAGGGUAAAUUAGAUCGUGAAAAUACCUAUGACCAGUGUUGGCGUGAAAUCAUACAACUAAAAGCUGAGUCCUCCUUGCUAUCUCUCUCUAUAUAAAACAUUUUGUAUGACGAUAUUUUAACUUUUCAGACUUUGUUUGUGAACAACGAGGUAUUAUUUAUCGUUUACCAUUUGAUCUAGAGUAUAAUUAUAGUUUGUGUUAUUUAUAGAAAACCGUGGAAGUUCCUUGUUGAAUAUAAGAGCGAUUUUAAAUGAAACGAUUAAGUUUCAGUUUUUUAACGUAGGUAGCAACUCAGCGCCAAUUAAUUAACAAUGGCAACCUACGCACAAUGUUUUUUUGCUGCUACAAGACCACAGAAUGAGGAGACUAAUUCAUUUUAUAUCAAUCACCUUGAGUAUUGUGAGCCAUUUACGGGUAGAUAUAUGCCUUCAGUAAUGGGGGAGCCAACCAGUCUGCUACUACCAGAGCAAGAAACAGGGGAACUAUCCGCAAUAGUCUCCGAUUGUAUACCUAUGAGCAACACCGGAUCUUCUUUCCAACAUUCGUUUCCAAUUACUACAAACUGUAGUCCGUCUUCUCCCUUACAGACCACGACACCAAUGGCACAACCUGUUGGAGUUAACUCUAGCCCACCAUUACACCAAAUACAGAAUGGGAUGAGUCCGUCCCUAAGUCCUGAGCAUAUACAUACACUUCAACCUGCAUGUUUAGAUCAUCCGUAUCUCCGAAUUCUGGAACAGCCAACUAACAGAAUACGGUAUCGUUAUAAAAGUGAAAAAGGGUCGCAUGGAGGCCUAACUGGAAAGUUCAGUAGUUCGUCUAAAAAGACUUACCCUACAGUUAAGUUGGAGAAUUAUCAACCACAGAAUAACCAAGUAUUUAUCAAAGCUGCUCUGUACAGUGUUGAUGAUCAGCAAAAACCUCAUGUUCAUAAAUUGAUGGGAAAACAUUGUCAAGAUGGUGUGUGUACAGUCAUUGUGGGGGAAGAUAUGGUUGCAAGUUUUCAGAACUUGGGAAUAUUGUUUGUUGGGAAGAAAGAGGUUCCAGAUAUCUUGUACAAAAAAAGGUUAGAAGACCAACACCUCUUAAGUUGCUUAAUGCAGAAUGGUUCUUUACAUAUAACAGAGGCUGACAAGAACCAACUGAAAAAAGAGGCAGAGCAAGAAGCAAAAAACAUGGAUUUAAACAGGGUUAAAAUUCGUUUUGAGGCCUUUGCUCUUUCUCAGGGGCAUUUAUAUCCAAUCUGUGAUGCUGUAUUUUCAAACAUCAUAGCAAAUCAAAAAUGCCCUGAUGUUGGUGAGUUGAAGAUUGUGAAAAUGGACAAGUGUUCUGGAGUUUGUACUGGAAGUGAUGAAGUCUUUCUAUUGUGUGAGAAAGUUAACAAGAAGGAUGUCAAAGUUAUAUUUUUUGAAGAAGAUGAAAAUGGAAUGGUACAAUGGCAAGAUUUUGGCAGUUUUACUGAGGCAGAUGUUCACCAUCAGGUUGCUAUUGUGUUCAAAACUCCUCCAUAUCGAGACCUAAUGAUAAAACAGCCAGUAAAAGUGAAACUUCAGUUAUAUCGGUAUAGGGAUGGAGAAUGCAGCAAGCCUAAGGAUUUUGUGUACUUCCCUAUAGACCAUGAUAGGGAUGGAAUUGAAAGGAAGCGGAAAAAAUUAAACCAGUGUCAGAACUUUCCUGGAUUCGAUGGUGAAUACAAUAAUUUUAGAUCUACUCAAUCAUUUGGAUCCAGUGGUGGGUCUGGUUCCUCAGGAAGUAGAAAUGCCAGUUUUUAUGAUCACGGCCAAGGUUCUGUUGGUUUUCAAGGCAAAAAAAUGGCAACUGCUAGUCAGAAAGAAGGUACUCAAGAGAGGACAUUUGGUUUGGGAGAUGAUAAGCAAGGAAAAGUGGAAACUAGCAGAAAAUUUGAACUUUCAGGUUCUACUGACAGUGGUGAAGUAAAUAAUAACCAGGGAGUGCCAAGUGACAAAUCACUUAGUACAGAUGAGCUACUGGAAAAUGCUUUUGACAGACUCUGUAUAUCUCUACUGAAGGAAAAAGAUAAAAAUAUCAAUGUAUCAAAAUCAAGGAACCCAAGAUCUGAAAAUUUAUCUGGAAAAAGUACCUUAGCAUCACAAGUUCCUCCAAACAAGAAAACUAAUGCAACGAAAGCAAAACAUAUGGAGCUGUGUAUGUCAACAGGCAGUGUAUCAACACAAGGUGAUUUGGAGCUUAACUCAAGGACAGAAUCUACUUAUGAACAGAAUGUUCUGUUUAGCACUGGUACAGCUGAACAAAAUGGCCAGCAAAAUAAGCUUUGUAAUUUGUCUGACCAGUGGUUAGUAAGGAAACUAGCAUUAAAAAUGAGUUUAUCUUUAAGAGAGUUUGUUUGUUCUGGAGAUCUCACAAAAAUUCUGGUGACAAUGCAUCGUUUGGUGGCUAUACAAGACUCAAACGGAGACAACCUUUUGCAUCUGGCAAUGAUUCAUCAUAGUGGAAAUCAAGCUGACCAGUUAGUAUUAGUUCGUUGUAUACUUAAUGCACUAAAGGGAGCAGCCAAAGAUGCCAUCAACCAGUGCAAUAAGUUAAAGCAAACUCCGCUUUUGUUAGCAGUGCUAACAAGGAAUCCUUAUGUGGUACAGGAGUUGCUUCUUCAUGGUGCUAACCCUAAUAUUGCUGAUGCAGAAGGUAACACGCCUCUUCACAUUGCUACCCAAAUUGGAGAUGACUUCUGUUUAUCCAUUCUUUUGGACCCAAAGACUUACCAAGCUCAGCAGAGUCCAAUUUCUCCCACCCUAAAUGCUUUGAACUAUGCAGGUUUUGCAGCACUUCAUCUUGCUGUCAGACAUGAUCAUAAAGAGUGUGUAAAGGUUUUGUGUGCCAGGGGAGCAGACAUAAAUGUGAUGGAUGGUAUAAGUGGACACACUCCUCUUCACUUGGCUGUAGAGUGGAACUUUCAGAAUGUACAGUUCUUAACAAAAAUUAGUCAUGUCAAUGUCAAUGCCCAGAACUUUGCUGGAAACACUCCAUUACACCUAGCUUGUGCACAUGGAGAUGAAAAUGUUGUUAGAAUUUUGAUGGAUGCACAAGCCAAUCCAUUAGUAGAAAAUUAUGAUGUCUACAGUUCUAGCAAAAAACCCAAAAGAGACACUGAAGUGUCAAAAAGCAAAGGCAAAACACCACUAGAUUUUGCAGGAAGUAAAAACCAAUUAAGACACAUUCUUGCUGGAACAGUAUCUUCACCAAAAGAGAAAAGUCAGCAUUUGAAAUCUUUAUUCAGUGUAUCGAAGCCAUCUUAUUCAAGCUCAACUCAUAAUGAUAUGAAGACGUCCAGGAAAGGAUCAGAAGAUGAGUUAAAAUACUCAGAGGGAAAGCAUCACUUAAAGAAAGAAAAUCUUUCUACGAAUAAAGAAGCUGUUUCUUAUGAAUUUACACCCUUUGACUCUGGCUAUGCAAGUGGUGAAAUAAAGACAGAAGAUCAAAACAAAAUGGACCAUCUUUGCACAAAGUUGGAUAAAAACCAGCAAUGGAAGCAGCUUGGAAUGGCAUUAGGAUUUGAAAAUUCUGUGAUUAAUUCUUUAGAAAGACUGUGUGGAAAAGAAAGGAGCCCUGCCAAAGCUGUCAUUGACAGGUUUCUGCAAGAGAAUCCCCACUGCGAUUUAAUGAAAAUGUUGAAGAAUGCAUUAGUUGCUGCCGAACUCCAAGAACCAUUGGAAGUUAUUCAAGUGAUAGAAGUGUGACUUUCAACUUAAUAUUUAAGCUUUUAUGAUUAAAGUUAUACAAGUGUUGAACAAAACUGAAGAGAUCACUAGGUUUUACAUUCUUAAUUACCCCAAAGCAGUAUUUGAUAUUACAUUAUUUUAUCUUUUUUUUUUUUCAAUUACAUUGUCCAAACUAUUAUGAAAUUCAAAUCAUUCUGUGUCUGGAGUUUUGAACAACUCUUCUCAGCAUUGUAAAACCAAAAACAAUAGUGCUUUCUAGCUAGUUUGUUAAGCAGUCCAAAAAAAGGAAAAAUUAGUUAAUUUUUGCAAAGCACUUGCUUGCCACCAAUUUUUGUGUUUAACUGUAGCUGUGAUAUUUUUGUGAACACUAUCCUAAAUGUUGUAAUGACAGUUACAUUGACAGUUAUUACAAUGUCAAAUUACAUGGUAACUCACUACCCUGAUUAUUCUGGUGUAAUACACUAAUGCUUGGUAACAAGUUAAACACAGAUGUUAAAUGUCUAGUUAACCGGACUGGGUUGUUUAAAGUUAAAACAGUAGAAUUAAAAUUAUGGGACUUCCUGCAUGUUAGUUUUUGUUUAUUAAUCUAUAAUACUUGGGCAAAAAUUUCCCACAGUUUUUAUCUAGCUUUGCAAUAGACAAAGUUAUGAUUAACUUACUAGUAUAAGCUAUUGCAAUUAUUUAAAGACCUGUUGGUUGAUAGUGAGUAUUUCUUUACAAAUCUGUUGAACUUAAUUUUAUACUAAUG